AUGGAUCCAACGACUCAGUCCGCCCAGAUAUCAUCGUCGCAAGGUUUAACUGAUGGACAAAAUUCAGCUUCCAAAGAAUCGAAGCUAUCCGAUCGAACAGACCUGAUUCCUUUCUUUCCUCUUCGCCUGUAUCUCUCAUUCAAUCUUCUCAAGGCAAGUGUUUGGUUCUCUUACGCUGCUCUGCUGCUCUAUCCCUCUUGA